ACAAACGCCCUGGUCCCUGGCCUCCUGCCAGGGCCAAGAAAAGGGACUGAAAACUGGAAGUUCAGGAGUGUGGCCAGCUCUGCCUCUCAUAGCAAGCGCUAGAGUCGGGCAGCAGCCCUGCUGUCGCCAGCUGUCCGUCCAUACACACCCACCUGUCCUCUGGGUGCCUCUGUUCAUCUGGAAACCUGUCUGUCCACCCGUCUGUAACCCCAUCUCUGUCCAACCUUCUUACUAUCCUUCGUCCAGCUAGCUAUCUAGACUGUCAAUCCAUUUGUUUGUCUGUCUCUGGCCUCCAUCUAUUUGUUUAUCUGUCCAAUCAUCUGUGAGUCUAUCCGCCCAUCUUUCCAUUCAUCCACCCAUCUAUCUGUCUACCUGCCUUCUCUCUCCACCCUGGGCCUCAGAGCCAUGGCCCAGGGCCGCAGGGCCACAGUCAGCAUGGUCCUGCUGGGGUUGGGGCUGGCCCUAGCCAUCAUCGUGCCUGCUGUCAUCCUCUCUCGCCACCAUGCCCGCUGCGGCCCCCAGGCCUCUGCUCACGCUGCAGUUGCCGCUGACUCCAAGGUCUGCUCGGACAUUGGACGAGCCAUCCUCCAGCAGCGUGGCUCGCCUGUGGAUGCCGCCAUCGCGGCUCUUGUCUGCACUGGAGUCGUCAACCCUCAGAGCAUGGGUCUGGGCGGAGGGGUCAUCUUCACCAUCUACAACGCCACCACUGGGAAGGUGGAAGUCAUCAAUGCCAGGGAGACCGUGCCUGCCAACUACGUCCCCCAUCUGCUGGACCAGUGUGAGGAGGCCCAGCCACUGGGCACAGGGGCCCAGUGGAUCGGAGUGCCCGGGGAGCUCCGGGGCUAUGCUGAGGCCCACCGCCGCCACGGCCGCCUGCCCUGGGCACAGCUGUUUUGGCCCACCAUCUCCCUGCUCCGCGGGGACUACCGCAUGCCCUUCAUCCUCAGUCAGUUCCUGCAGAGUGACUUCCUACGGCCUUCCCUGUACAUGACAUCCCUGAGGCAGCUCUUUUUCAAUGGGACAGAACCUCUGAAGGCUCAGGACCCAUUCCCAUGGCCCGCAUUGGCCACCACCCUGGAAACCGUGGCCACAGAAGGUGCAGAGGUCUUCUAUACAGGGACGCUGGGCCAGAUGCUGCUGGAGGACAUUGCCAAUCAAGGCAGCCAGCUGACCCUGCAAGACCUGGCAGCGUUCCAGCCAGAGGUAGUGGAUGCCCUGGCGGUGCCCCUCGGGGACUACACCCUGUACUCACCGCCACCACCAGCAGGGGGCGCGAUUCUCAGCUUCAUCCUCAACGUGCUCAAAGGGUUCAACUUCUCCUCUGAGUCCGUGGCCAGACCCGAGGGGAGUGUGAACUUGUACCAUCACCUUGUGGAGACGCUCAAGUUUGCCGGGGGACAGAGAUGGCGACUGUGGGACCCUCGCAGCCACCUGGAUAUCCAGAACGCCUCCCAGGACCUGCUGGGAGAGGCUUUGGCCCAGCAUAUCCGCCAGCAGAUCGACGCUCGGGGUGACCACCAUCUCAGCCACUACAGCCUGGCCGGGGCCUGGGGCCACGGGAUGGGCACAGCGCACGUGUCUGUGCUGGGGGAGGAUGGCAGCGCCGUGGCAGCCACCAGUACCAUCAACACGCCCUUUGGAGCAAUGCUGUACUCCCCACGCACCGGCAUCCUCCUCAACAAUGAGCUUCUGGAUCUAUGCUGGAGGCGCGCACCAGACUCCCACGUCACCCCGCCACCUGCGGUGAAUGGAGACAGAAGUGGAGGGGCGGUGACACCCAUCCGGCCUCCAGUUCCAGGCGAGCGGCCUCCAUCAUCCAUGGUCCCCUCCAUCUUGGUCAACACAGUUCAGGGGUCAAAGCUGGUGAUUGGCGGGGCUGGUGGGGAGCUCAUCAUCCCUGCUGUGGCUCAGGUCAUCAUAAAUAAGUUGUGGCUUGGCUUUGACCUGAGGACUGCCAUUGAAGCCCCUAUCCUGCACGUCAACAGCGAGGGCUAUGUGGAAUAUGAGCCCAGCUUCAGCCAGGAGGUGCGGAAGGGGCUCCAGGACAGGGGCCACAACCAGACCCAGAGGCUGUUUUUCCUGAACGUGGUCCAGGCCGUGUCCCAGGACGGGGCCUGUGUGUACGCUGCAGCAGACCCAAGGAAAGGCGGGGAGGCCUCGGGCUACUGAGGAGGCUGCUUCCGGCAGCUGCAACCCGGCCCUCCGUCAGUGUGUGCCCAGGCUGGCCCUGACAGUGGAACCAAGCACCCAAGCAGGAUCUGGACCCUUCGGUGGAGGGUCAGCCUGGGCCUGUAAGAGGUGGGGACAGGCUGGAAGAUGGACGACUGUGGGGACUCAGCCCUUCCAGAGCCCCUUGUGGCCCAAGCUUUCCUUAGACCUCUCUCUCAGGAACGUGGCCCACCCUCCCCCUCCCCCGGCCCUUCUCCCCAUCUGUAUACCCUCUAGUCUAAGAUUAAAGAGGAGGGUGGCCCUUGGCCUGA